UAGUUAACCCCGCCGACCAGUCCCCACGUCCUUUUCCGCUCUUCCCCCACCUCUUCCCAUUCUGUCCUCCCUCACCACCAAACCCCCCCUCUCUCACUUUCUUAUAAAACCCUAACUCCCUCUCCCCAACCUUUUUUUCUUGUUUCUCCCUCUCCGUUUUUUUCCAAUUUUUUUUCUUUUUCUUUUUACCGUUUCAUUCUUUCCUUAGUUUCCGAUCGGAUUCUUCCGUAUAUUUUUUACCAAUCGGAAGAAGAAGGUUCGAUUCUACUCCAGAUCCUUCACCGAAGAUCUGAAUUCUCUAUUUUAUCUUUCCUACUUAUCUCUCCGAUCGUUUUUUGUUCGAUUUCUCUUCGCUGUGUUUCGGAGAUUGGAUUUUUCUUUUUUUCUUUUUGGUACUAAAUUAUGAAAGCCGCGGUUGUAGAAGCCGUCGUUGACAGGGUUGAAGAUGGUGAUAAGGAGAAGAAGAAGCGGCGCCCCCGCAAUCGGCGACCUAAGCAAAACCCCUCCACAUCAGUAUCAUGUAGUUCAGUUAAUGAGUUGCAUGGUGAAGUGUCACCUGAGUGCUUAGGAAAUGGAACAAUGGCAAAUCAUGUAACCACAUCCUUGAAGCAACGCCACUUGGACAUGAAUCCUCCAUAUGAGCAGGAAUUGACUAAAGCAUCUAACUUGGCUUUCAGUUCUUUGCCAACAAUGCACAUUGUUGAAUCCCUUGAUGUGCAAAGUCCCGAAAAUCAACGUUUGCUCCCAUCUGAUUUUGGUGGAAAGAUGUCUGCAAAAUCUUGUCCUGAACCAGCUGCCUGUGGAGCGUCACCUGGAAUCCUUACAAACAAGGGUUCCCCUCCUCAGCAUUUUGAGGGCUUUUCUCAAAGAAAGUAUUUUCCUCCACACUGGUCCAUGGAGGAUGUUAAUGACGCUCUUGAGAAAGGUGAUGCUUUUAAAGCUCUGUUUCGCGUCAACGCACACAACAGAAUUGAGGCCUAUUGCAAAAUUGAUGGAGUGCCUACAGAUGUUCUCAUUGGUGGACUAGCUGAGCAGAAUAGAGCUGUUGAAGGAGACAUUGUUGCGAUUAAGAUGGAUCCAUUACCAUUAUGGACCAGGAUGAAAGGAUCUGCUGGCGCUUGUAAGAGUUCUGCACCAGUUGAGGAUCUUAACUUAAAUCUAGAAGAUACUGCAGUUGGUUGUAACUGCAAAGGUAAAGUCAAGGUAGAUGAGGAUUGUGAGUAUGAUAGUCGCACAAGUUAUCUGCUUCCUGAGAGGGGAUCAUGUUCUGAGGAAAGCACGUAUUUGCGUGACUCUACUCAUUCAGAGCCAAUCGGACAAUCUUGUUGUGAUCAUGCUGCUGGAAAGUACCAAUUGGCUUCAGAUUCUUCCCAAGCAGGUUCUUCUAGUGAGCAGAAUGUAGUUAAAACUCCAGUCGAGAGGAUGUGUGCCAUCAUCAGUUCAUUCCCUUCAAAACGACCAACUGGAAGGGUUGUUGCUAUCAUUGAGAGGUCUAAACGUCGAGAUGCUGUCAUAGGUUUUCUAAACGUUAAGAAGUGGAUUUCUUACAGGGAAUUUUGCAGAAAAGACAUGAAAAAGAACAAAAGUUUGUCAUACUCUGACCAUGAGUACAUCCAGAUGACACCGACUGACCCAAGGUUUCCAAAAAUGGUGGUCCUUGUGAGAAAUCUGCCCGAUGCAAUCAAGAAAAGAUUGGAGAAUGGUGAUGAAACAAUUGAAAAGGAGUUGUUUUCUGCACGAGUUGAUGAAUGGGGUGAAGAAAGUCUUGCUCCACAAGCCUUAAUAUUACGUGCUUUUGGACAUGGAACUGAAGUACAGCCUCACAUUGAAGCAAUCUUAUUUGAAAAUGCGAUUAAUUCAUCUGAAUUUUCCCCAGAAUCACUUUCUUGUCUUCCUCGUCUCCCAUGGGAGGUGCCUCGGGAGGAAUUUCAAACUAGAAAGGAUCUUCGAAAUUUGUGCAUAUUCACCAUUGAUCCUUCCACUGCCACCGAUCUGGAUGAUGCUCUCUCUGUUGAGAAUUUUUCCAACGGUAUUUCCAGAGUUGGUAUCCACAUUACUGAUGCGUCAUAUUUUGUGUUACCCGACACACCCUUAGAUGAAGAAGCUCAAUCUAGAUCAACAAGUGUGUAUAUGACACAUCGCAAAAUUCCUAUGUUACCCUCUUUGCUUUCAGAGAAUAUCGGUUCGCUUAAUCCAGGAGCAGAGAGACUUUCGUUUUCAAUUUUCUUGGACCUCAAUAAUGCUGGGGAUGUUGUUGAUCGAUGGAUUGGCCGGACUGUGAUAAGAUCAUGUUGCAAGCUUUCUUAUGAGCAUGCUCAGGAUAUUAUUGAUGGCAAAUUUAACUCUGAAAGUUUUGACACUUUCAAAGACAGUUGUCCUCAGAUACAUGGCCAAUUUGAAUGGUCGGAUGUAAUUAGAUCUGUUAAGAACCUCUCUGAAGUUUCCAAAACUUUGAAGGAGAGGAGGUUUAGUGAUGGUGCCCUUCAGCUUGAUAACUCCAAAGUUGUUAUUCUGUUUGAUGAAUAUGGAGAUCCAUAUGAUAGUUUGUUUUCCGAAAGGAAGGAAUCAAAUUCUCUUGUGGAGGAGUUUAUGCUGUUAGCAAACAGAACAGCGGCUGAAGUCAUAUCUAGAGCUUUCCCUAACAGUGCACUACUGCGGAGGCACCCAGAGCCUAAUAUGCGCAAGCUUAAAGAAUUUGAAGCAUUUUGUUCCAAGCAUGGUUUAGAGUUGGAUACUUCUUCUUCUGGUCAUUUCCAUCAGUCACUGGAGAGAAUUAGGGAAAAGCUCAAGGAUGAUUCUGUUCUGUUUAAUAUUCUCAUGAAUUAUGCUACAAAACCUAUGCAGCUGGCUACUUACUUUUGUAGUGGAGAAUUGAAACACAAAGAAAAUGAUUGGGGUCACUACGGAUUGGCUGUUCCUCUGUAUACUCAUUUCACAUCACCACUACGGAGGUAUCCUGAUAUUGUAGUGCAUCGCACACUAGCUGCUGCUAUAGAGGCUGAGGAGUUAUAUUUGGAACAUCAGAGAUUGUUGAAUAACUUGAACAGGGGAGACAAAUUUAAGAUGAGGUGUUUCACUGGUGUUCAUUUUGAUAAGGAUGCUGCCGAAUCUAGGGAAAGUCAGGAAGCAUUAUUAGCUGCAGCAAUGAAGCAUAGAGUUCCCAAUACAGAGUUGCUUACUGAUGUUGCUGCUCAUUGCAAUGUUAGAAAGCUGGCCAGUAGACAUGUCAAGGAUGCUUGUGAUAAGCUCCACAUAUGGUCCCUGCUGAAGAAAAAGGAGAUUUUACUCUCAGAAGCAAGAGUAAUGGGUCUGGGACCUAGAUUCAUGUCCAUUUAUAUCCAAAAGCUUGCUGUUGAACGUCGAAUUAAUUAUGAUGAAGUUGAAGGCUUGAUGGUAGAGUGGCUAGAUGCUACAUCCACAUUGGUACUUUCUUUAGGUACUGAUAGGCGCACAUUCAGGAGAGGCAGUCCUGGUAAAUGGAGGGCGCUUGAAGAUGCGGCUUUGAUUGUUAGUCCUUAUGACCUCCAAGCUGAACCUAGUCCAGCUGGAAAGAGUUCAAAUGAGCCCAGCUCCAAUGGUUGCUCUUUGAAUAGUGAAGUUGAGCCCAUGGUUUUUCCUCUUACAGUGCGUCUUCUUUCAACAAUUCAUGUAGUACUUCAUGCAGUUGGUGGGGAUGAUGGACCUGUUGAUAUUGGGGCAAGGCUGUACAUGAGUUCAUACCUCUGCUAGAUAGUGGCUUUGAGUUGGUUGCCUGUUUCAGAAUGGUACUUAUGAAAUUGAAUGCUUACGGGAGCUGUCGAGGUGGCGUUUUGAAUGGGGUUGAUAUGCUUGCUGCAGUUGGAUGAAACUUGUGGACAGGGCUUUCUUAGGGCAAUGGACUAGUUCUGUUAUAGAUACAAAAUUAGUGUAUAGUCGGAAAAUAGAGUUUUAGAAGAAAAGAAAAAAAAUAAUAAAACGUCAUUUAUUUUCAGAUCUGCUGAUGCUCAAUGGGUUUGCUUGAUGCUGAAUCGUUUUGGUUGGAGAGGUGUAGAUAAGGGUGGGGGUGGUUGUGGCAUUGGCUUGUAGCAGCCGUUUUUGACAGUGCUGCUUUUGAUGCUGGAAUAGGCCCCUCUUUUUAUUGGCCGGUUUCCAUUCCAUCUGUGUUGAGCUUGGUCAAGAUGCGCCCAUGUCCGGCGCUAACGCCAGGUUUCUUAGCCAAUAUUUUGUGAUGUAAUUUUCUUGUGUUAUUCCUGGAUUGCAGCCCAAUAAUGUUUUUGGCUUUGGGUGGCCAGGAUUGGUGGUCGUGAUUUGGUAUCUUUGUUUCAGGUAUUAGGUAUGUGUUGGUCUGUCAUAAGUGACUAAAUGAGUGACUGGCUAGGUAUACCCCGGUUGAAUAACAGGAUAUUAUCUCUCUCUUCUGAUAAAUACGAAAUGAAACUUCCGGUGAA